AUGGCUUUUUUCGGCAAGGAUUCAGAAGCGUCCUCGACGCAAACUCAGGACGUCAAGCAGCGAGUUAUGCAGGAAGCUGCCCAAGAACUCGCUGUUGCUGAUGUCACAGAGCUGAUCAACAACAUGACCAAGGUCUGCUACGACCUCUGCUUCCCGAAUCCGGGCCCUAUUCUCACCAGCGCCGACUCCAAAUGCACCGAGCAGUGCUCCAAAAAGUUCAUGGCUGCCUGGAAUAUUAUCUCCCAGACUUAUGCCUCCCGUCUGCGUCAGUAG